UGGGCUGCCUCUGAUAGGCCUGCGCGUAUCUACAGAAUCAUUAGACAACCAUCAGGGCGGAAGUCUCACUUUAGAAAGCCACAUAAAACCAAGUAGGGACAAACAAGCCAAUUUGUCGCAGGUAUCUUAGCCAAGGCGUGUACAUACAUCUUAAGUGGCUACCCGUUAUCAGUAGGAGAAUACACACACAGAAGAAAGCUGUAUAGAUAGAGAUGUAUUUUAAACCUGAAAGCUUUUCCAUGUUAACAAAACACAAUGUCAAAAGAAAUACCUGAUUAUUAAAGUCAGACAAUCACUGUGGAUACUGUGACUAAGACGCAGUGUGUGACUGAGAGAACUUUACAAUGAUAAAUCUGAAGAAUACUGCAGGAUUCUUUGUCUUAAAAUCAGAUGAGUGGCAGUACACAUUUGAAAUCUGACAUGGAUAAUAAUCUCCAAGAAUCUUGAGGAAACGUUCAGUUACCAUUCUUCAACAGGGCCCAAAUACUCCAAGGAGAAAUCAUAUUGAAAGCCGGACUACCCAGUGGGCAUUAACCAUGACAACAACUGCUUCUGAGACAGAGACUGCAGCGAACAGCUUGAUAUACAGCUUAGAUGACCAGUCCGACCUGAAUAGUUACAUACAAGGCUGGAGCAACUUCUCCAGAAACAAGACCUUCAGUGAACAGGUCACGCCUGGUCCAAGUUACCUUCAUCAGAUGGAGCAGCAGAUGGAAUACCAGCUCUCUGUGUCUCUCAUCCAGUGGGUGUUUCCAUUCCUCAUCCUCCUUGGCACCGUUGGUAAUGGACUCAGUCUGACCAUCAUGCUCCAGAGAGAGAUGAGACAGACUUCCACCUGUUUUUAUCUGGCUGUGCUUGCAAUUGCAGAUACAACUGUCCUCUACAUCAGUGCCUUCAAGACCUGGCUGAGAACAGUGUCUGGCUUUGAGUUGCUCCAUGUCUCACAGGCUUCUUGUAAAAUCACCAUGUUUCUUGCCUACUUCAGCACUCACUUCUCCGCCUGGAUCAUUGUGGCUGUCACAGUGGAGAGAUUUCUGGCAGUGUGGUUCCCUCUCAAAGCUGGAACCAUGUGCAGUGUGUCCCGAGCUAAGUUUGGCACUAUGGUCAUAGCUGGCCUAGUCCUCCUGAUCAACUGUCAGAUCCUCUGGACGGCUGAACUAAAAACUGCGCCAUCAAGCUCACUCAGUGAAACAAAACUAAUGUGUGUUCCCUACAAAGAUUAUGCUGAAUUUGUUUGUGAACUUUUGGCUUGGAUGAAUCUUAUUCUCUACUCCUUCCUCCCAUUUGGAUUCCUACUUCUGUUCAACAUCCUUAUCAUUGUCAACCUGCUGAAGCACCGACAGGUCCUGACAAGCACGAUGACCAAGGAUGACCAACAGAUGCGGUCAUCUCACAGGAAACUGGCCAUUACCCUCCUGAGCGUUUCCUUUGCCUGGAUUGUGACAACAAUGCCCAGCACUCUCUUCUUGGUGUUCAAACCUCGUCCUGAGUCUGUAACCCAUGCUGCCCAGCAGCAGCUGGUCAGAGUCAUCUGCUAUAGCCUGCUGUAUGUCAAUCAUGCCAUCAACUUCUGCCUGUACUGCAUCACUGGGAACAGGUUCCGUCAUGAGCUGAACAGGCUGCUGUGUAGGAAGCCCACGACCUCUCCACGUGCCACUCUCACCUUCAAAAACAGUGGCAGUGGACAGGACAGUUCAGGCUAUCCCCUCAUGGAGAAUGUCUACAUGAAUGCAAUGUCCAGUGAACAGUCAAACAGUAACUAAAUAUCUAUGGGCUGGAUCUGCUUAUGGUGGAAGGCAAGAGAAGGGAUAAACAUAGCAUCAACUAUAACAUUGGCUGUAGUGUCAAACAAUAUGAGCAAGUGUCUCACAGGGAAGGAUACCUUUUCAGUUCUACAAGAAGAACAAUCCUUACUCAUUUGAAAUCAAAUUAAGGAUGCCUACACAAUAUUUCUAAUCUAACAACAAACACACUAACCCAAUACAAUGAUAAAUGCUUAACAUCACAUGUUUGGUGUGCGAAUGUUAUUCCUAAUCUCAAUACCAGGGUUUAUCUCUUGCCCUACUAAGAACACAAUAAAUGUGUCACAUGCUGCAAUUCACCCCUUUACAGUACUUUGAUUGGUAACAAAUGUUAUAUUUAGGAAUUUGUAUCUUGCACAUCAGAUCCUUCAUCUUUACAGAUGGAACCUCAUGGAUACAUAUAAGCCAUGUGGAUGUGAUACUAAGAAGUUAAGAACAGUGGCAUUCUCUACACUCAACAGUGUAUCAGUGGAUACAUCCUUUUCAUUUGAAACCAGAGCAAUAUUCCUGCAGCUCCAGCCCUUGCUGUCUACAUUACACAACUUUUUUGGUACAGUCCAGGAUGCUCUUUUUACCAAGACUUCACAGAGCGUCAUACAACUCUUGCUCAGAAGUUGUUUGAUCAAGGUUACAAAAUUCAUUGUGGAGGACAUUUCUAAAUUUGACGCAUCAGUGACAAAAAUGAUGUCCGAUGUUAUUCCUUAUUUGACUUGAACCAUGUGUUCCUGUGUAGUUUUCAGGUGAACAAGUGACUUGUCUUUGAAUGUGUUUGCGAUGGGUGCCACCCGUGGGGCAGGAUAUGCUCACCUAUUUGCAAACACCUGGUAUCACUAUUUAGUAGUGCUUCAUAUACACAGGCUUGUGAUAUAGUCAGAAUCUUACAAUCAACUGGCAGAGAUUACAUAUGAAUAUGGAAAGGCUUUUUGUCGAUAUUAUUCUGUGAAAUCCUAUGACAUAUACUAUUAUACUAUUAAACUAUUAUAUUAUGUGUAAUUUGCAAUUGUAUAUACUGUGGCCAUUAAUUCUGAACAAAAGUGAUAAAGUCAAAUCAAAUUCAUAGCAUCCUUGCACUGUCAAGUGUAUCUUUCCAGAGUGUCCAGUACACAGGUCAGAGAUCCCCUCCAAGAUAUUGUACAGUAGAACAUGGAUAUAAAGAACUACAAGGAACCUGAGAAAUCAGUUCAUUAUAUACAUUAUUUGUUACAUACCUUUUCGCUGGGAAAAGUCCGACAUCUUGGAUAAAGCAAAACACUAUACCCGUAAUUGCAGCAUUGACUUGUAUUAGCAGUGAUCACUUCAUAGCAUUUUACAGACAAGAUAAGUCCAAAUACAUGUAUGGGUAAGAUUAACAUAAAGCAAGUUUAACAAGGUUAAAUUGUCGCCACUGAUUUCGCACAGCCAAUUGUCAGUGACAGUUGACACUGAGUGAGGUUUCUAUGUUCGCUGUACACAUCACUUAUAAGUGGUAUUUGGGCUUGUUGGGGAUCAAAUAUCAGUUCGCUAUAUACGUUAGUUCGCUGUAUAGAGUUCAUUAUGUAUGUCAAUUUUAUAUGAUAAUAUAUAGGAGAUAAAUCGGGAUUUUGUAGUUUUGGUUUGGUUUGUUGUUUAACGCCGCACUCAGCAAUAUUCCAGCUAUAUGAUGGUGGUCUGUAAAUA